AUGCACGCAGCGACCCGCAUUCCUGGUGUCAGCUGCGGCGACGUCCUAGCUCAAAUCACUGAAGAGAUUCUUGAUGCUCGAAUCUUGGACCUAAACGAGAAAGCACUCGACCUCCCAGAUUCACAGCGGAAAGAACGUGCAACGCUGAAACGCAAGCGCGGAGCCAUUCAGAACUUCAACUCAGCUCUUUCUGACCAGCUUCUCAAUCUUAGAGAAGCUUUGGACACCGGGUCUGCCCUCAGAAGCCGCCAAAAAGAUGCGGCGAAGGAGAAGAUCAAGCUGCGUGGCGAAUUCCUCGAGAUUCGGAAACAGAGAGAAGAGCUGGCACUGAAGAUGGAUGAAGCGCGGGCGGUGCAUGCGGAUAGGGUACGGCGGAUGAAGGAGAUGAAUGAAGUCAAUACCGCGAUGACUGAUAUCGAGAUGGCCAUUCAAAGGGGUAGGGAGCGUGCCAGGAAAGAGGGCAGGAACGGCGAAGGUCCCGACAUGCCGAUUGACAUGCUACUAGACAAAGUAGCCGCGGAUGUUCGGUCUCAUGGAGGUGGCAUGUUUGAUCGAGUCAAGGGCUUCAAUGGGCGUAUGGAGAGGAUUGCGAUGGUGUUGGAAGGGCGACCUUAA